UUCUCUUCUUUCUCUCUCCUUGGCAAUUGGCACACAGUAGAGAGAGAAAGAGAAAAAGCUAGAGAGAGAAAGUUAGAGAGAGAAAGAAGAUGGAGAAUCAUGAAGGAGGAGAGAGAGAUGAAGAAGUGAUGGGGUCAACUUUGACCAUGGAGAAAGUCAAGGCUGCUAAGAAGUUUAUCGAGAAUCACUAUCGAGCUCAGAUGAAGAACAUUCAAGAACGAAAAGAGAGACGCUGGGUUCUAGAAAAACAGCUAGCUUCUUCGGACGUGCCCAAAGAAGAACAAAUGAGCUUGAUUAAAGAUUUGGAGCGAAAAGAGACAGAGUUUAUGCGACUGAAAAGGAAUAGGAUAUGCGUGAAUGACUUUGAACUAUUGACCAUCAUUGGGAGAGGAGCUUAUGGUGAGGUCCAACUGUGCCGAGAAAAGAAAUCUGGAAAUAUAUAUGCCAUGAAAAAGUUGAAGAAAUCUGAAAUGCUUAGUCGAGGACAGGUGGAACACGUUAGAGCUGAAAGGAACUUGCUUGCAGAAGUUGACAGUCACUGCAUUGUAAAACUGUAUUACUCCUUUCAAGAUGCUGAAUAUUUGUAUCUAAUUAUGGAAUAUCUGCCUGGCGGUGACAUGAUGACCCUUCUGAUGAGGGAAGAUAUCUUAACUGAAAAGGUUGCAAAAUUUUACAUAGCACAGAGUGUCUUGGCAAUAGAAUCUAUUCACAAGCACCACUAUAUCCACAGGGACAUUAAACCAGACAACCUUCUUCUUGAUAAGAGUGGUCAUAUGAAACUGUCAGAUUUUGGCCUUUGUAAACCUCUUGAUUGUGCUACUUUGUCUACUAUCCGAGAAAAUGAAUCCAUGGAUGACGCUUCGAAAGAUUCAAUGGAUAUAGAUGCUACCCUUCCUGAUGCUGGUAAUGGUCACAGUUGGAGAAGUGCUCGUGAGCAACUUCAGCAUUGGCAAAGGAAUAGGAGAAAGUUGGCAUUUUCAACUGUGGGUACCCCUGAUUAUAUUGCUCCUGAAGUUUUACUGAAGAAAGGAUAUGGAAUGGAAUGUGACUGGUGGUCAUUAGGUGCAAUCAUGUACGAAAUGCUAGUUGGUUAUCCUCCUUUUUACUCUGAUGAUCCAAUAACAACAUGCAGAAAGAUUGUACACUGGAGGCACUAUCUAAAAUUUCCCGAGGAUGCAAAGUUGACAUUUGAGGCAAAAGAUCUUAUUUGUAAGUUGCUUUGUGAUGUUGAUCAUCGAUUAGGCACUGGAGGGGCAGAGCAAAUUAAGGCACAUCCUUGGUUUAAAGAUGUUGAGUGGGAUAGAUUAUAUGAGAUGGAGGCAGCUUAUAAGCCACAAGUUAAUGGGGAGCUGGAUACUCAGAACUUUAUGAAAUUUGAUGAGGCAAACAAUGCAACACCAUCAAGAUCUGGAUCAGGACCUUCAAGAAAGAUGUUGACAUCAAAAGAUCUAAGUUUUGUGGGAUAUACGUACAAAAACUUCGAUGCUGUUAAGGGGCUACAUCAUUCUUAUGAUCGUAAGGGAGGCAAUUCACCUAAACGCCCGUCUCUGGAUUCUAUGUUCAAUGAAAAUGGGAUUGACUUUGCAACAAAGCAUGCAGACGAAAUGGAUAUACAGAUGCUUACAACAGCUGACGAUUGUAUGUCCCAGUGAAGAAUAUGCGUGAAAAAAGUGGCAGUCUUGUAGAGUUUGUGGCAUGAAUGCGGGGCUUUACCAAAAUGUGAUGCUUUGUAUUAUUUGGCUUCUGAGCGUUCUGCAGCUUCACUGUCAUUAAGAUUUAAGUGUACAGCAUUGAAAAACAUCAGGUAGAGCCCGAUGGCGGGUAGAUUUGGCUGAAGUUGAAUUUGAUAUCUAGAAGGGGUUUGUGUAAUAGAGACUUUUGUCCCCCUCGUUCUUCAUCUCUUUUUUGUUUAAAUUUAUUUUCUAAUUUUCCCCCGUUAUCUUUUGGCUAAUUUGAUUAGAAAAAUAUAAAAGUAGAAUUUGGUCCUGGCUGCCCAGGUUGGCUAGUGUAGGGAUUAGUGAAACGCCUUCUCUAGUGGCAGUUUCUGGUCGCUGUUUUUGAACUUUGUUUGGGGACUAGAAACAAACUUUGUAACAUUUGUAACAAAAUUAUGAUAUUUUAAUGGGGAACCUGGAAGUCUUAGUUGAGCUUCUAAUUUACUAUAUAAAUGUAAUGUAAGGUGUUUGAUACUUCUUUUUUCGUAUGGCCUUUUUUUGGGGCAUUUUAUAAAAAUAUAGAUUAUUGUACAAUUCA